GAAAUGAUUAAGUAAUGCCACUAGUACAUUUGUAAGCCACAUACUUCACACCCACUGUAGCUGAAGGCAUUACCCUGUUUGGGCCCCCCUCCCCAAAAAAGUAUGGACACGUCCCUGGAUUAGACCAGAAUUUCGGACUACUUCUGAAUUUAAACUUAUAUUUCCGGGAAACAGUAAGUGAUUAGAUGAGGCAUGGAGCCUGUUAUAUAUUGACAUUAAGAUUGCUAGUAUAAACAUUUCAAAGAAGUAAAAUGGUCAAUUCCGUAUAGGCUUACAUCAAAUAAGCUUAAACUGCCCAAAAACUUAAGCAGAUUAAGUAAAUAGAGUGGCACCACGUGGUCGCGCGACGCAGGGAAAGAGAUUCAAACAUGUAAAAAAGUGAGGGGGAGAUAAACAUCAAGAAGAGAGAAAAGAGAGAGCUGCUCCAGCUUUCUUAGAUUCAAGCCUUCCACCUCCGUUUCUCUCCUAGUUGAUUCAUUCAGACACACAGCUGCUGGAGAUACACACAUUCCCGUCUCUCUCACAGCAGAGCGCACUGGCACGCUGAGGGCGCGCGAAUCUUUCUCUCUGUAAAUUACGGAUCGUAAAGGCUUUGGGGGACUUUUCCCUUUAUUUCCGUGCUGCAGCAUGAGCGAUGUGUGCAGCAGCUACUACAGCGCGGACGGGUUGUUUGUGGACGGCUUCUCCUGCCCCAGACUGGGAAACGCUGCUGCUGCCGUCUACUGCUGUGGGUUUAAUGAUGUGAAGUACUGCUGUGAUGAUCCCAACAGCUUUUUCCCGUAUGAGUAUGGUUACAUGUGGUGGCUGAGCAUCGGUGCUCUGGUAGGUCUGUCUAUUGCAGCAGUGGUCCUUCUCGCCUUCCUUAUCACUGUAUGUGUUCUCUGCUACCUCUUCAUCGCCACAAAACCCAGUCGUCUUGACAACGGCCUCCCCCUUAGGGUGCCUGAAGGUGAUCCCAGUGGGGGGUCCACUCAUGUGAGAGCAACCAGUGCCUCCGGUCCACAAGGCUUCAGGAAACACUUUAUGAGCCGGAAGCUGGACUGCGAUAACCAGCCGCCAGACCCCGAUCUCCUGUUCCAGAGGUGUUUCACAGCUAACGUCACCAGUGUGAAAGUGGAGAGCUCCUCGUAAGCGCUUAGAAGACUUUCUGUGAUAAAACAGGACCAGAAGUCAAGACUUCAACAAAGCCAGAGAUUCAGGAGGUAGACUGCGCUGCUGAGAGGCUGCAGAGACACCGGUUUCUGAUCUAACGUGAUGUGCAGUGGAGGCAGGGUGGAGAAAAAAUUUGCAGCUGAGUACUUCAGACAAAACUGAGCAAGCACACACGAUCAUCUUUGAAGAGCAUUGGAGAAUUUCCUUGUGUGUUAAAUUUCUCUUCUCAUCAAGCUGCCUAAGAGGAUGCUUCAUCGCCAUGCAGCUGUAAACCAUGGAGCAUGACUGGAAUCUGAUUAUCUUCUAUAUUUUUUACAGGAGAUUGAUUAUAAUUGGCCCCAAAGAAAUCCAAAGAUUUGAUACAAAUCAAAUCAUCAACGCAUUGUGAAGCAACAAAAAAGGGACAGAGGUAGUGUUGAAGUCCAGUUUACAUUUCAGGUGUACAGUUUCAUGUGCACCCUACUUAACCUUUGCAGAGAGAUGAGCCUAACACACCAAGACAACAGCAGAGCCGGCGCAGUGAGGCUGUAAAAUCGGGGUAUUUUGGAUUUGUACACUUGUCUGCUACAUUUUGCUCAGGGACUGAAACAUUGAAACCAUUGUUAUUCAUCCAAAUGCUUAAUCUCAACAGUGUGCACACUUUUUAUGCAAGUGUUGAUAUGAGGUUUGGGAGUCACACCAAAGCUGUUGUCUUUUAAUGGAGGCCAUGAUGUUUUCCUUAGAUAAACCAAAUUCAGUCAAAGGUGUGUUAAGGAACCUUUUUUAUGCAAGUUUAUUUAUCAGUAUUUUACCUUUCCUUGAAAGCAGAACAGGACAGCAAAAAAGCAGAAAGACAAAAAUGUCAGAUGGAGUAAAAUGGUAGAUCUUAUGAAAGAGUACUGCAUCAAUAGUAGGUUUAGAGUUGAUCAUUUAGUGCAAAUGAUUAUGGUUAUGAUAAAAGGUUACAUACAAUGUCAAUGCUAAGAUGCCAAAUCACUGUGGGGGCAUGAAUAAUGUGAAUUUAUUUCACAAGCUCAUUUGUGCAAGUACAAAAACCCAGAGCUAGAAAUUCACAUGAUGUUGUUUCUCAGCCAAUCAGCAUUGACUUCAGCUGUUGUCUUUAACUUGCAUUCAGAAUGGAUAAUCAAACACAAGAAAAGAGACACGUCUUAGAAAAAGCUUUUAUUUUGUCAUCAUAUCAACCAGCUUAUUGUGUGCAUUUUCUGCAACCAGACAUGAAAGCAGGAUGCAAAAUGGGUCACACAUCACCUCAAGUAGCAGGAGUAAGCAUUAGAGUCAAUUUGGAUGAAGAGAAUGCAAAACUGUCUUUGCUUUCUGUCAUAUCACACUUUCAGAUUUGCUCUUUGACGGCUACUCAAGCCCUUUAUGCAUGAAGAUUCUGCUGCAGUGCCGUAACGAAGCUCUGCUGUCAUUGUGUCUUUGUACUUAUGCUUUGAACCAUGCAACAGUGUUCCCAGAGCAGCAGAAUUACUUGGUCUCAUCAUUACACCUUUGUGACAUUUACAUUGACAGGGAGGCGUAACAGUCCAGUCUGUAACAGGCAAUGUGAGAAGAGCUUUAAAAUACCUGUAACAUGACCGAACAAAUCCAAAAACAAAAGAUCUGUGUAUGGUUGAUGACAUCAAAGAUAUACACGCACACUUUGGCAAAGGGAGUGGCAUUGUGCUCCAUUCAUCUAGAGGAGUUAGCAAACAUAAACACACUGAAUUAAAACUCUUCCCAGCAUCAAAA